AUUUCGGACGGCGUUCAACCAGGAGUUAACUACAUUUUCGGGGUAAAAAAGGGGGAGCAUUGAUCAUUCCGGAACUCAACUUGGGAUAGGGCACUCAUGAUACCACACACAAAUACGCAUUCACUAAAGCUUUUCUGUUUCGUACUCGUUUUCUUAUUUCAAUGUCAGAUAGUAGGAUAUGUCCUGGCUCUCUGUUAGCAUCAGCAUCGAUUCUUGUCUUCUUGCAUGUAUGCAUUGCCAACAAGAAGAACUAGUGGCUUUGGUUGGGGCUACCUAUGUAGUGUAUAGAGAAGCAACUAAGGGGUGGGGGGAGCUAUGGAAAUGGAAGAUAUCAAGCCACCUGAUUCAGAUACCUGCCUAUUCAUACAUGACCAUACAAGUCAUUCGCUCGCAAGAAGCCGGCACCAACAGAUUUUCAAUCACAAGUCCGAUCCAUCAACACAUGAAUCCGAAUACGUCUGUGUAAGCACCCAAUGACGUCAUUGCAUUACCUCUCUAU